AUGGUCAAAAUCAAGUCGAUUGAAUACUUCCGCGUAAAGCCUCGCUGGCUGUUCGUCAAGGUUACCGACGAAGAAGGUCAAUUUGGUUGGGGUGAAGGUACACUUGAGGGUCACUCACUAGCUGUUGAGGGAGCUCUUGAGGAGAUCAUCACUCGGAUUAUUGGCUAUGAAGCAGAUGACAUCGAACACAUUUGGCAAACGAUAUGGCGUCUGGGCUUCUACCGCGGCGGUCCGGUCUUCAUGUCUGCCAUGUCUGGUAUUGAUAUCGCACUCUGGGAUUUGAAGGGCCGUCGAUUGGGUGUUCCGGUGUACCAGCUGCUUGGUGGAAAGGUCCGCAGCAAGGUGCAGGUAUACGCCUGGAUUGGAGGAGACCGACCAAGUGAUGUGGAGGCUGCAGCAAAGGCACGAAUUGCUCAGGGCCUUAAAUGCAUUAAGAUGAACGCGACCGAAGAUGUCAACUGGCUUGACUCACCCGCCGUCCUACAAUCCUGCGUCGAGCGUUUGAAGCAGGUCAAGGCACUUGGCCUUGAUGCCGGAUUAGAUUUCCACGGUCGCUUGCACCGCCCAAUGGCUAAGCAGCUGGCCAAGGCAUUGGAGCCUUACCAGCCCCUUUUCAUUGAAGAGCCCCUCCUAUGCGAACACCCCGAGGCGAUUAAGCAACUUUCCAACUCUACAACCAUUCCAAUUGCCUUCGGAGAGCGACUUUAUACUCGAUGGGAUGUGAAGAGGUUCCUGGAGGAUUCCUCUGUGGAUGUUCUGCAGCCUGAUAUUGCUCACGCUGGUGGAAUCUCAGAGACAAAGCGCAUCGCCACAUUAGCUGAAACUUAUGAUGUGGCUAUCGCUCCUCAUUGUCCCUUAGGACCAAUUGCUCUCGCUGCUUCACUUCAGAUUGCUGUCUCUACUCCCAACUUCGUCAUUCAGGAGAUGUCAUUGGGUAUGCACUAUAACGUUGAAGCUGGUGAUAUUGAUCUGAACAGCUACCUGAUUGAUAAGACUGUCUUUGAUAUUUCAGAAGGCUUUGUCGGAGCUCCAACCAAACCAGGUAUUGGAAUUGAGAUUGAUGAAGAGUUGGUGCGCCGUAUUAGCAAGGAGUCUGAGCCCUGGCAGCCCAAGGAGUUCUUUGGACCUGACGGGUCAAUUCGCGAGUGGUAA